CUAUCUUUAUCCCUUUAUUUUUAAUAAUUAUAAUAAGUCAACCACAAUAUUCCCCUUUUUUCAUCCCUUUCUCUUCUACCCCUAAUUCGACGCCGAUUUCUCCUCUCGAUUCUCAAAUUAACCUCCGAUUCUUACGAUUCGCUUUUUUCUCUUUCGAUUGAUACCUCUUGUGCUUAUCUCCGUCGAGGCAAUCGAAAUCUAGGGUUAGGGUUUGAAACGUGUUUGAUUCUCGCCAGAUCUCUUUGAAUUCAGCUUUAAUUUUUGUAAAUUAACUGGUUUUUUUAUCUGGGUUUCUAAUUUUUCCUCCCGAAUUACUUAUCCUUUUGGGGAAAUUAAAAAUAAGAUUUUUCCCUUUUUUCUAGCGUUGUAGGGUUCAAGUUACACGAUUCUUCGUUUAAUUUCUUACGUUUAAAAAUUAAUUUUUUGGUUAUGUCAAAAGUGUUUAGAUUGGUGAGUUUGUGCAUAAAUUGGGGAUCUAGGGUUUCGUCAUAAUUAUUAAAUUAUUAAAUUUUAUUGAGAAACAAAGAAUUAAUCUUUUGAAUUAAGUAAUUAUAUCUGAGUUGAUUGAAAAUCGGCCUGCAAUAUCGAGAUCUGCCUUUCCAUUUGAGUUGAAGAUUUCUCCAAUUUUUGAGUUACAGUUAAACAUGGUCCAAAAACGGCUUUUUGAUGAAGAUGAGUCAAAUGAGGUUUCAUCUAAACAACCAAGGCAAAUGGAACUCAAUAGUCAGCUUGUUUCAUCUUUGGAAUUUCCUCCUGAGCCUGUGGUCCAGAGUUGUCAUAAAUCAGGUGAAAGUUACAACGGUUUAACAAAAACCAAGGCAGAAAGUGAUCAGAAGCUUGAUGUUGGGUAUAUUACUGAACAACUUUGCACCACAAAAGAUGUGGAAACCAGUGUCCCUGGUUCCCUUCCCAGCUCUUCCCUGUUUGCCGGAACUAUUAGUGAAGAAGAUAUCAGACCAGAAGCACCAUUUCAUAUAAUGUUGUCUCCUGAACGCUUUUUUGAGCAUCAACCAAGGACCAUAGUCCACCCUGGGGAGAUAUAUUCUUUUCUUUUAGAUCGUCCUCCUCGGAAACUUGUCCCUGUUGGACAAUAUUAUCAAGCUGAUAUACCGGAAUGGGGUGCACAUUUUUGCAAAAAGACAUCCAGUUACUCAGAACAUAUAGAAGCGCCAUAUCUCGUUUCUCAAGCUCUGGAAUCUGAUGAGGAGAAAUUAGCUGGAACUUGUGUUGUUCCAAUGUCAGAUUCAAAUCAACUUGCAGACACUGGGGUUGGGAGAACAGGUUGUAUGUGUGAAGACGAUGGUACCAUCAGAUGUGUUCAACAACACAUUAUGGAAGCUAGAGAGAAACUUAGGGGAACCCUUGGGCCUGAGACUUUUGCUGAGUUGGGAUUCUCUUAUGUGGGAGAGAUAGUGGCAGAGAAAUGGAGUGAAGAGGAAGAGAAAUUGUUUCACCAGGUUAUAUUUUCUAAUCCCACAUCAUUGGGAAAGAACUACUGGAACCAUCUUGCUGUUGUAUUUCCUUCCCGGUCAAAGAAGGAAAUUAUCAGCUAUUAUUUUAAUGUGUUUAUGCUACGAAGACGAGCUGAGCAGAAUAGGUUUGCCCCAUUAAAUAUUGAUAGUGACGAUGAUGAGUGGGUGGAAACCGAGGAUUCUACUGAUAAUGAAGUUCAAAAUGGUGAAGAUGAUAAUGAAGUUCAAAAUGGUGAAGAUUAUGACUCCAUGGCUGAAUCACCAAUGAAUCCUGAUCAUAGCGAAGUCAUUCAUGUAAAAACCAUUGCAUAUGAGGAUGUUGCACGGAGUGCUCCUGUGGAUUGUAGAGUUGUGGAUUUUGGUGGUGAUAAUAUCAAUGAUCAAGAGGCAUGUACUUGUAAGUUAGACGUCGAAUGUAGUUUGGACCCUACUCUUCGUCCUUCGGACGGAAAUCUUUCUCAUGAUACAGGAGGUCGUGAUACCCAAGAACGCUCAUCUAGGUCUAGUGAUACUGGGGUUGGUUCACAACUAACCAUGGAGAAAGCUGAUAGUCACAAACAAUGGACAGGUCACUUAAGUGGAACAAACGGGUUCAGUUGCCAUGAAUUCAUGACGGAGGCCUGCAAUGCUAGAGAAUGGGACUUUGGUUACGUCAAUUGUCCAAGAAACGAAGUUGAACUCUUACCCACAUGCAAUAUGAUUGAAGAAGUUUUUGGGGCUGGAUCUUGGGAUGGACAGGGCUUAAACUAGCAAGUAGCAACCGAUAUCCAUUUUACAGUGUUGGAGAGCUUCAAACUUUGGUGUACAUGUGAAUCCACCUGGAGAUAAUAGGAUCAUCAUCUUCCUUAUACAUUGACAAUGGUGGAAGAUGGAUGCUUGGUACACCAAUUUUAGAAAUUUUGUCAGGUUGUUACCUAGUCAACCUAUAUUGUUUCUUUCUCCUCUCUCCCCUCAAUCCCUUGUUCUGUAAUUUUUGUUGUCUUUGCUUGCGAUAAUGUGGCUUAUCCUAGAUUAGAAGGACUUGGAACUCCUUGUUAUGGCUCUUAAGUAGCCAUGCCCAUGUGUAGUGCAGAAAAUCUGCUCGUAGCUAAUAAUAGCUCCAUUCGAGGUCGGAAGCUGAGGGAAGUUUGAUUUAUUCUGAUGAACUUCCAUUAAUUUCUCCAUCAUUUCUGUCAUGGUAUUCUUUUUUACUCAAUCUCAGCUUAGGGACACGAGUAUGGGUUCUUGGCAGUGUCUCCAGUUUUGCUUGGAA